ACUGAGAAUAUGGAAAAGGACAAUGCAACUUCACUGACAGUAUUUGUUCUCACAGGACUUAUACACCAACCACAGUGGAAACUCCCUCUGUUCCUGCUGUUCUUGGUGAUAUUCCUCAUCACCCUUGUGGGGAACCUUGGGUUGAUUACUCUCAUCUGGAAAGACCCUCAGCUUCAUAUUCCCAUGUACUUAUUUCUUGGGAGUUUAGCCUUUGUGGAUGCAUCUAUAUCAUCCACAGUGAUUCCAAAGAUGCUGGUCAACUUCUUAGCUAAGAAUAAAUUCAUCUCUCUGUUUGAAUGCAUGGUACAAUUCUUUUCCUUAAAUAUCAGUGCAACCACAGAAUGUUUUCUCCUGGCAGCAAUGGCUUAUGAUCGCUAUGCAGCCAUAUGCAAACCUUUACUCUAUCCAGUAAUAAUGACCAACAGACUAUGCAUAAAUCUGUUAGUCUUGUCAUUUGUAGGUGGACUUAUUCACGCAUUCAUUCAUGAAGGAUUUUUAUUCAGAUUAACCUUCUGUAAUUCCAACAUAAUACAUCACUUUUAUUGUGAUAUUAUAUCAUUGUUCAAGAUUUCCUGCACUGAUCCUUCAAUUAAUUAUCUAAUUGUUUUUAUUUUCUCUGGUUCAAUUCAGGUUUUCACUAUUUUGACAAUUCUGGUCUCUUACACACUUGUUCUCUUCACAAUCUUAAAAAAGAAGUCAGCCAGAGGCAUAAGAAAGGCUUUCUCUACCUGUGGAGCCCAUCUCUUAUCAGUGUCUUUGUACUAUGGUCCUCUUCUCUUCAUAUAUGUGCACCCUGCCUCUCCACAAGUAGAGGAUCAAGAUAUGAUGGUCUCUCUAUUUUAUACUAUCAUAAUUCCUCUGUUAAAUCCAAUUAUAUACAGUCUGAGGAAUAAGCAAGUCAUAGAUUCAGUGACAAAAUUUUUAAAAAGGAAUGUUUAG